AUGCCUAUCCACCAAUCCCUCUCCUCAUAUGCCUAUCCACCAAUCCCUAUCCUCAUAUGCCUAUCCACCAAUCCCUAUCCUCAUAUGCCUAUCCACCAAUCCCUAUCCUCGUAUGCCUAUCCACCAAUCCCUAUCCUCAUAUGCCUAUCCACCAAUCCCUAUCCUCAUAUGCCUAUCCACCGAUCCCUAUCCUCAUAUGCCUAUCCACCAAUCCCUAUCCUCAUAUGCCUAUCCACCAAUCCCUAUCCUCAUAUGCCUAUCCACCAAUCCCUAUCCUCAUAUGCCUAUCCACCAAUCCCUAUCCUCAUAUGCCUAUCCACCAAUCCCUAUCCUCGUAUGCCUAUCCACACAAUCCUUAUCCUCAUAUCGCCUAUCCACCAAUCCCUAUCCUCGUAUGCCUAUCCACCAAUCCCUAUCCUCAUAUGCCUAUCCACCAAUCCCUAUCCUCAUAUGCCUAUCCACCAAUCCCUAUCCUCGUAUGCCUAUCCACCCAAUCCCUAUCCUCAUAUGCCUAUCUACCAAUCCCUAUCCUCAUAUGCCUAUCCACCGAUCCCUAUCCUCAUAUGCCUAUCACCAAUCCCUAUCCUCAUAUGCCUAUCCACCAAUCCCUAUCCUCAUAUGCCUAUCCACCAAUCCCUAUCCUCGUAUGCCUAUCCACCAAUCCCUAUCCUCAUAUGCCUAUCCACCGAUCCCUAUCCUCAUAUACCUAUCCACCAAUCCCUAUCCUCAUAUGCCUUUCCACCAAUCCCUAUCCUCAUAUGCCUAUCCACCAAUCCCUAUCCUCAUAUGCCUAUCCACCAAUCCUAUCCUCAUAUGCCUAUCCACAAUCCCUAUCCUCAUAUGCCUAUCCACCAAUCCCUAUCCUCAUAUGCCUAUCCACCAAUCCCUAUCCUCAUAUGCCUAUCCACCAAUCCCUAUCCUCAUAUGCCUAUCCACCAAUCCCUAUCCUCAUAUGCCUAUCCACCAAUCCCAUCCUCAUAUGCCUAUCCACCAAUCCCUAUCCUCAUAUGCCUAUCCACCAAUCCCUAUCCUCAUAUGCCUAUCCACCGAUCCCUAUCCUCAUAUGCCUAUCCACCAAUCCCUAUCCUCGUAUGCCUAUCCACCAAUCCCUAUCCUCGUAUGCCUAUCCACCAAUCCCUAUCCUCAUAUGCCUAUCCACCAAUCCCUAUCCUCAUAUGCCUAUCCACCAAUCCCUAUCCUCGUAUGCCUAACCACCAAUCCCUAUCCUCGUAUGCCUAA